AUGGCACCCCUCGCGAACACCAAGACGUACAAGCUGAACAAUGGCGUCACCAUCCCCGCAGUCGGUUUCGGUACCUUUGCGAACGAAGGAGCCACCGGAGAGACCUACAAGGCCGUCACACACGCGUUGAACACGGGCUACCGACAUCUCGAUUGCGCUUGGUUCUACCAGAACGAAGCUGAGGUUGGAGAUGCAGUCCACGACUUCCUCAAGUCGAACCCCUCAGUCAAGCGCUCGGACCUCUUCAUCUGCACAAAGGUGUGGCCUCACUUGAUGGAACCCGAGGAUAUCAAGUGGAGCUUCAACAACUCGUUGCAGAAGCUGCGGAUGGACUACAUCGACCUGUUCUUGCUGCAUUGGCCAUUUGCAGUUGAGUCCAAUGAGGACCGCAUGCCUAAGAUUGGCGCUGAUGGCAAAUAUAUCCUGAAGAAGGGAUUAACCGAGAACCUGGAACCUUCAUGGCGGGCUUUGGAGGAAAUCAACCGCUCAGGCAAGGCCAAGGCGAUCGGUUGCUCAAACUGGACGAUCGAAGGUCUUAAGAAGCUCCUCUCGUACGCUGAGGUCAAGCCUGCGGUGAACCAGAUCGAAUGCCACCCCUUCCUUCCCAACGACGAGUUGGUGCAGUUCUGUAUCAAGAACAACAUCCUGCCUGAGGCAUACUCGCCGCUUGGUAGUCAGAACCAGGUGCCUACCACUGGCGAGACGGUGCGCGAGAACAAGACACUGAAGGAAGUGGCUGAGAGGAGCGGUCACGAUCUGGCACAGGUAUUGCUUGCUUGGGGAUUGAGGAGGGGUUAUGUGGUGCUCCCGAAGAGCUCCACACCGAAGCGCAUCGACAGCAACUGGCUCAUUCCCGAGUUGAGCGACGAAGACUUUGAGGCCGUCCAGAGCGUCGCAAAGGGACGUCACACGCGCUUCGUCAACAUGAAGGACACUUUCGGCUACAACGUCUGGCCGGAGGAGGAGUAA